AGGAGGAGGAGGAGGAGGAGGAGAGUAGCUGGAAUAUCCCACAAUGCUCCACUUCUCGUUCCAGGGCCAUGGAUGCUACACGCCGCCUCGGUACUACUACUGACGUCGCCGCGCUCUCAUCAAACGUUUAUUGUCGCCGCCCCGCUCGAGCUAGCAGCGCGCCGUGUUGCCAUUACCAGUCUGUCAGGCUCGCGAGGUAGUUCGGUCCCCAGGCGGCGAGCGCGUGCUGCCGUGCCCGGCUGCGGCAACAACAAACCAAGCUGACCGCGGUCACCCGGCGGUCUGGGUGUUAGCCCCGAAAAUAACUACAUGUAUUCUCGCGUUUUAUAACGAUAGAGUCGCUUGUUUUAAUUCAGAAUCCCCCCCACCCCCCCGCCGGAGCCUGUGUUCUCUUACGAGCCGGGCAAAGGGGGGUCCAGUGCGGGGCGAGGGGAGAGAGAGAGCGACAACCGGCAUGGACCCCCUGGCGAACGACCGCGGUCCGGGAGGUGGUUUCACCGGGUGCCUGGCUGCACUCGGGGCCGAAGGGGGUGACUCGGAGUCCGGCGCGGGUUCAGAGGAAGCCAUGGGCUGCGGCGACACGUUCACCAGCCUUCCUGAAAUGGACAAAGAGACGCUGGAGGAGAAAUUAAAAGGACUGGCUUUCAGAAAACAGACCUCGUAUAGGAAGGCCAUCUCCCGCUCGGGUCUCCAGCACCUGGGUCCCCUGAACGCGGCCCAGGUCCCCAGUAACAACGGCCCCGCGAAGGAGCUGCGCACCAGCGUGGACUGGACGGAGAAUGCGGUCAAUGGCGACCACCUGUGGCUGGAGACCAGUUGUUCCGGGGACCUCUGCUAUCUGGGAGAAGACACCUGCCUCGUAAAGACCGCAAAGUCAGCACCCAGGAGGAAAUGUGCUGCAUGUAAGAUAGUCGUUCACACAGCCUGCAUAGAGCAACUUGACAAGAUCAACUUCCGCUGUAAGCCCACCUUCCGGGAGGGGGGGUCUCGCUGCCUCCGAGAUCAGAGCACAUUGAGGCAUCACUGGGUCCACAGACGGCGGCAAGAGGGAAAAUGCAGACAGUGUGGCAAGAGCUUCCAGCAGAAGUUCUUCCACAGUAAGGAGAUCAUCGCCAUCAGUUGUUCCUGGUGUAAACAGGCCUUCCACAACAAGGUGACCUGCUUCAUGCUGCAUCAGAUAGAGGAGCCUUGCUCCCUAGGGGCCCACGCUGGGGUCAUCGUACCCCCCUCAUGGAUCAUCAAAGUCCGGAAACCCCUGAGCUCGUUGAAGAACUCCGCCAGAAGGAAAAAGCGAACGUCGUUCAAACGGAGGACAAGCAAGAAGGGCCUGGAUGAGUCCAAAUGGCGUCCCUUCAUGCUGAAGCCCCUCCCCUCGCCACUGAUGAAGCCCAUCUUGGUCUUCGUCAACCCCAAGAGUGGGGGCAACCAGGGCACCAAGGUGCUGCAGAUGUUCAUGUGGAUCCUGAACCCGCGGCAGGUCUUUGACUUGUCCCAGGGGGGUCUCCGAGAGGCGUUGGAGCUCUACAGAAAAGUGCCAAAUCUGAGGAUCCUGGCCUGUGGGGGAGAUGGGACGGUGGGGUGGAUCCUGUCCACCCUCGAUGAGCUCCAGAUGAACCCCCAACCCCCCGUGGCUGUACUUCCUCUGGGAACAGGAAAUGACCUCGCCAGGACGCUCAACUGGGGCGGGGGCUACACGGACGAGCCGGUGUCCAAGGUGCUGUGCCACGUGGAGGACGGCUCGGUGGUGCAGCUGGACCGCUGGAACCUGCUGGUGGAGAACAGCCCCGCCCAGCCCCCCGAGGAGGGCACACAGAAGCUGCCGCUCAACGUCUUCAACAACUACUUCAGUCUGGGGUUCGACGCCCACGUCACCCUGGAAUUCCACGAAUCACGAGAGGCCAAUCCCGAGAAGUUCAACAGUCGCUUCCGCAACAAGAUGUUCUAUGCAGGGGCUGCAUUCUCAGAUUUCCUCCAAAGAAGCUCGAGGGACUUGUCGAAGCACGUCAAAGUGGUGUGCGACGGUACGGAUCUCACUCCCAAGAUCCAGGAGCUGAAGUUCCAGUGCAUCGUGUUCCUCAACAUCCCCAGGUACUGUGCAGGCACCAUGCCGUGGGGGAACACAGGGGACCACCGGGACUUUGAGCCGCAGCGUCACGACGACGGCUGCAUCGAGGUCAUCGGCUUCACCAUGGCCUCCCUGGCGGCGCUGCAGGUUGGCGGUCACGGAGAGAGGCUGCACCAGUGUCGGGAGGUGGUGCUCACCACGUUUAAAACCGUCCCUGUCCAGGUGGAUGGCGAGCCCUGCCGACUAGCCCCCUCCACUCUCCACAUCUCCCUCCGAAACCAGGCCAACAUGGUGCAGAAGAGCAAGAGACGGACCUCUGUACCCCUACUCAACGAUGUUCAGAAGGUGCGUGCAGCCGAGCUGCGCCGCCUCUCUGCCCCCCCCGACUCCUUCUCUGUUCCUCACGCCGUCCCAGACCGCCUGCGAGUGCGGGUCAACCGGAUCAGCCUACAGGAGUACGAAAGACUGCAGUCCGAGAAGGAGCUCCUACGAGACACCUCCAUCGCAGUGGGCAUCGUGGUGGUGAGGGGCGACUGUGACCUGGAGACAUGCAGGCUCUACAUCGACAGGCUGCAAGAGGACCUACACCAGGCGCCAUCUACAGGCCACAGAGUGCACUACCAGGACGAGUGCCGGGGUCUUCCGAGGACAGGCUCGUUCCCCAGACUCUCGCCUAACUGGAGUUUCCUGGAUUCCACCUCAGCGGACCGUUUCUACCGCAUCGACAAGGCCCAGGAGCACCUCCACUUUGUGACAGAGAUUUGCCAGGACGAGGUGUUCAUCCUGGACCCCGAGGGACCCCCGGUGAGCCUGGGCCCCGCCACCAUGGGAAUGCCUGACCUGGUGGUGGAGCCAGUUGGUGCACCUCUGACUCCUGAAGAGCAAGCUUUGUUAUCGGCAGCCAGUUCUGGAGAUUUGCCAAUGCUGUCGGAGUGUGUGGUCAGGGGGGUCAGCCUGUUGGUGAGGGACUCUGGGGGAUGCUCUGCUCUUCACCUGGCCGCGCAGAGCGGACACACUCCUCUAGUCAGCUACAUCCUGCACCAGGGCUCCAAGGUGCUUCUGGAUCUGAGAGACAGGGAAAAGGGAGACACUGCCUUGCACAAAGCGGCUUCGGAAAAACAGCAUGCUGUGUGUCGAUUGCUUGUGGAGGCCGGAGCUUCACUUAAGAGGACCAACUUCCUGGGGAGGACUCCAGCGGAACAGGCUCAGGGUGAAGGAGACCAUGAGCUGUCCUCCUACCUGAGCACCCAGCAACUACUCACCCCCACACCCCCCACCCACGAAGACCUGGAGACCGCCGUCUGACCCCCCGCCCACACACACACGCACACACACACACACACACUCCAAUGUCCGUGUCCUUCUAUUCCCUACACAUCCCUUCAGAUAAAAGGGAGGGACUGAAGCGAAGGAUGAUGGGUAAAAUAAGUUCUAAGAUGGAUUCCCGGUCCACAUUCUCAGACCAACGGAGGGACAACAUUCGCUGGGGAACCUCUGAAAACAAAUGGGCAUGAAAAAAUAGACCGAAAUGACCCAACUGAAAAGGAAGAGGAGUGAAGGAGUUUAUAAACCACAGGACGGCGGUAAAUAAUUGAUCGGCUAUUUAUUUUUUAUUUAUUAUGUGACUAUUGUUAUCAUUUUCCAGGUUUGAUCGGGGGGGGGGGAGCGGGGUUCACUCUGAUCUACGCUGGGUCUCGGGGUGUGUUCUGGUGCCCUUCUGGAUCUCUCACACCACCACACCAAUCUGAAGUGUCAGGUGACCCCACACAACCGCGGGGAGGUUUUCUAGAACCACACACAAAUUCAAAUCCCAGCCGAGAUCAAAGUGGGCCUAAAAUGUUUGUUCUGCUUAAAAUGAAUAACCUGCGCCGCCCGGGGGGUCAGUUAAGGGGGGUUGGACCAAGGACCCUAUUAUGGGUGGAUUUCUUUGUCAUGUGCCAAAGUCGUUGCGAUGUCACAUUCAGUCUAUGAUUGCAAACAACUGCCACCGUUAUCAUAUUUAUUGAAAUGUUUCAAUCCAUUUAAACAGGAAAGGCCUGCUUUUAAGGGAGGAGAAUUCUAAUUUCCACGAUACAGAGAGAGACCUGUGUGUGGUUUACGUGUUUGUUCUCAAACUUUAUUUUGCCAUUUUUCUUAAAAUAACAAUGCUUUUACAAUGCAUGCCUAUCUAACAGAAGUGUAUUUAUUGAGUUGGCUCUAAUGUUUACUUGCGUUCGUUUAUAUUUUUCGCCCGGCUCCCCCCCUCCCCCCCUGCCCACACACACACAGACACACACAAACAUACAAACACACACCCAUAUCAUAUAUACAAAAGUAAGCUAAGUCCAUCCACACCACUGCAACAGGAUUACAGUCUUGAGGUGGACACAGGAAAGUCUUCGAGAUGACAUGAUGUACGUCUACAAACGGUGCACUCCUGUGUCACGAGGAAGGUGUGUAUGUGCAAGUGCACUUACACACGUAUACAGGCGUGUUUUGAAUUGCCCCUUGAGGGUCUGCGAUCCGGCUAGCCCGUGUGUACACAGACCCAAGUAUGUGUUGGGAUUUGUGCGCGUGUGUGUGUGUGUUUGUUUGUGUGUGUGUGUGUGUGUGUGUGUGCGCGUUUCAGUUGGCCUGUGUGUUUGCAUUGCAUCUAUCAAAGAGGGGAGAGUGAGAGUAAAAUCUGAGCCGUAUUCAAUGCAAUACGAAUAUGAAUGGCAUGUUGUUUUAUUUUUUAACAUUUCCCUAUUUAAAGUUUACAUUACAUUAAUGUUUUGAACAUAGUUGUCCACAGAGCACCAACGAGUAUUGAAUGUGCAAUUUUACUACAGUGCUGGUGGCGUUUAUGAUUGUCUGGUUCUGUUUAGUUUUUAUUCUUUUCAGUUGGUGCGCAUGUAUAUUUUGAACGGUUAACACCUUUUUUUUAUAUCGUAACCUAUUGUAAACCGAAUUAAUUGCUGAGUGGCGUACAACGAUCUCAGAUGGGAUCUGUGGGGGGAGAGGGGCGAUUAGGGCUGGUUUAAAAGGAGUGGCACAGGGACAGCUAUUUUAGUCACCGCCUGCGCUAAAUGACCACGGUAGCUCCAACCCUACAACUUUUAUUUAUUAUUAAUGUAUCAUUUUCGUUUUUGUUUCUUUGCACCCAACACCUCUUUGGUGACCAAAAUAAUUUCUAUUUCCUUUAAAGAUUACAUUUUUUGGGAAAAGUCAUUGGUGCUCUCAAGAAAGAUUGAUAUCCUGAUAUCCUGCAGAACCACAUACAUUUUACCUUUUCCUCUCCAUCCCUCUCAACCUGACCUUCUAACCUCUCUUUGUCCCCUAUUACAGGCAAACAAAAUCCCCACCAAAACAUAGGCAUCUUCUAACAGGGGUAUUCACCCCCAUAUCCCCCGUUAUCUAACCUUAAAACCCACCGAACUCUUCCUCCAAACACCCCCUCAAGUGCAGAUUGUUCUUUACCCGCCAUGUAGAGUGUAUGCCAGGAGAGGUUCUUCAUUGAGAACGUUGAAAUGGUUGCUCCUCUGACGUAUCAUUCACACACUGACAAACAUAGAGAAAUUAGGUCGCAUUCUACAGUUGUGAACGGUGCCCGUGCUCUUGAUGUGGUUGGUUACUGAGGCACAAGAUUCACUCUGACUUUUUCUCUACAUUCUUCAAAUUGUUGAGUAGAAAUAUACAAAUUGGUUUGAAACUGUGUCACUUGUCAGCAUUGUUUUAUGCAUGGCAUUUUCUAACCUCUAGGAGUACUUUUGAACAUUGACUUAAAGUGGCAUUACUAUGGUUGUUUUACAAUACAAUUCAAUUGAACAAUUUUAAUAAAAUGAUAUAGUUUUAAUGGUUUAAAAUGUGUAAUAGUUACUUGAGAUUUAUGCUUAGGUCGGAAAAAUAUUGAGUGUGUAGUGUUUUUUUGUUUGUUUUGUAUAUUCCUUUUAUCUGCUGAGGUUUUUAUCACAUGAACAUUCAUUGUUAACCCUGUUUUCGAUCAUAUGAUCUCUUAAGAAAAAAAGAGUGACGACAAUGGGGUGACGAAUGAUGACUAAAAGCAAGAUGGCACAGACGCCAGCAGCUAAACAAACACAACUUCACCCUCUUGAAAAAAAAGUGAACCUCGCUAAAAAUAGCCUACAUCGAAAGAUUAAUCAUUCAGUUCUUGUGUUGGGUAAUGAAAAAGAGGAUGUGAUAAGGGUGUAACUAACCACUGCUCGAGAGCAUCAAGUAGUUUAAAGACUUGCGUGCAGUGGAGAGGAAUCCAUUGUGAGAGUGUGAAACUUCUUGAAUGGUCGAUAACAGCAAACUGUUUGAAAGUGUCACUAAGGUCAACCUGCUGUGCUAGUGAAGAAUGUAAGUGUUUCCAUGAUGAUUCGUAAAUGUGUACAGUGAGCUAGAGUGUCAUACUCUCACUAAUGUGAUCCACAGAAAAACCUUGGUCCAAGUGAUCCCAGAUGAUUCAAGUAAAAUAUCCAAGUCUACUGCCAAACCAAGUGAUGCUGUGUAAGAAGAGUGUCUAAUCAAAACCCAACUUCCUGACUAUGGUCGACUUAAGAAACCAAGGACGAUUGUUUCUUUUCCUCUCUCUCCUUCUUUCUCUCCGUUCACAUAUUUACAGUUUCUUUUUUCUACAGGGACUACUGAGUGCCAUAAACAGUGUUGGAUUUGGAUGUAAUAUAAUCCCACCACUCUAUGUUCAGAGAGUGUGUUAUAUUUUAUAAGAAAAGCAAAUAAAAAAAAUAGGAAGUCGAUGGCACAGAAAAGAAAAACAGAGGCUAUCGCUAAUAGUUUAGCACGAGCGAUUGUACAACUAUUACAUUGUCUAAAUAACCAUAUCAUUUCAGAAUAAAUAAAGUUUGAAACGUUAAUCUAAAAUUC